UACCCCAAUAAAAAUUCAAAUUGCACCAAUAUGUAAACCACCUUUCUUCUUCUUCGAUUGCGCAUUGAUUAUUGUGUGUCGAAUCCUAGGCUCCCUGAAUCUCCCUCCAUUAAAUGCGUGCCUCUCUCAAUUAAUUGCAGAGCCUCAUUGCCAUUUGCCACCUUCAUCCUAAUAGAAAAGAGCCAGAGAAAAAGAAAAGAGAGCUUCUCUGUUAUUUUGGGUAACACACAUGAAACUUUUGCCGCCUGUUCGUCUUAAAAGGGGGUCUGAUAUUUCUAUAUAAUCUGAUUCUGAUACAUUUCUUCUCCAACAAUCCGACCCUUUUGAUUAAAGCUUUGAUUUUUGGCUAUAGUUUACGGCAUUGCGUCUGAAAGCUAGAGUACAGAGUUGGUAUUUAUUGGGUUUUGAUUAUCAAUAUUUGAAUAUGAAGAACGAGGAUCAAGCUAGGUUUCUGUUUGGGAUUUCACUCUCUGAUAGGCCUGUGUGGCAGCAAUUCAUUAUUUGCUCGUCUGGGUUCUUCUUUGGUUACCUUGUCAAUGGCGUUUGUGAGGAAUACGUAUAUAAUCGUCUACAAUUCAGCUAUGGAUGGUACUUUACAUUUGUACAAGGAUUUGUAUACCUGGGUCUCAUAUACCUUCAAGGUUUCACCACGCAGAAAAUGGUGAAUCCUUGGAAAACAUAUGUGAAGCUCUCUGCUGUUCUUAUGGGUUCUCAUGGAUUGACUAAGGGAUCCUUGGCCUGGCUCAAUUAUCCUGCACAGAUUAUGUUCAAGUCCACAAAGGUCCUGCCAGUGAUGGUGAUGGGGGCAUUUGUUCCUGGAUUGAGAAGGAAAUACCCAAUUCAUGAAUACAUAUCUGCAAUACUCCUAGUGAUUGGUCUCAUUAUUUUCACAUUAGCAGAUGCAAACACAUCUCCCAACUUUAGCAUAUUGGGUGUGGUGAUGAUAUCAGGCGCUCUAAUUAUGGACGCUUUCCUUGGGAAUGUACAAGAAGCAAUCUUUACCAUGAAUCCUGACACCACACAGACAGAGAUGUUGUUCUGCUCAACAGUAGUUGGGUUGCCAAUGCUACUUCCACCUAUGAUUCUUACUGGAGAACUGUUUAGGGCCUGGAAUUCUUGCGCUGAGCAUCCUUAUGUGUAUGGGGUGUUGGUGUUUGAAGCCAUCGCCACAUUUGUUGGACAAGUAUCUGUGCUAUCCCUCAUUGCACUUUUUGGAGCUGCCACCACUGCUAUGGUUACAACUGCUAGAAAGGCGGUGACAUUGUUGCUGUCGUACAUAAUAUUCACAAAGCCAAUGACAGAAGAGCAUGGGACAGGGCUACUGCUCAUAGCCAUGGGAAUCAUACUGAAGAUGGUGCCGGAAAACCAGGUUAACAAGCAUGCAAAAUCUUUCAAAGAAGUACUGAUGAAUGUCCCAGAAGCAAACGAUAUCGAGGAAGAUGAAGAGAACAAGGCCUUGGUGUAAAUAUGGGGACUGCAGCAAUUUCCUUUCUUUUGUUUUUUUUUUUUUUUUAGUUGGCAGCAAUUUUUUGAAGUUUUACUUUUCUUUUUCUUUUUUUAUUCUUUUUUGUUUCAAAAUGGGCAAUUCCGUACACCGGGAGCUCAGAGGAAAAGAGAAAGCAAGAAUUUUCACCAGGGGCGUCUAAUUCUAACCGGCAGGCCAGAAUCUCAGGGGAACAUCUAUCUAAUUUUGUUGAAGGGAAGAAUGAAGACAGAGAGACUAUGAGGAGAGAACAAGUUUGAUCAUAUUGUAUGAGAAUAAGGUGAUUCUCCCAACCCCCUGUUUAGUGAGAUUUGAGCACAAAACUUGAGCAGAUUGUAAGCCACAUUACUACGUUGUAAACAUUACCAAACUUCAUUUUGAUUGCAAAAUUAUAUUAACCCUCUCUGAAU